AAGUACUCGUCUCGCCAGGCCUGACAUUUACACGACACCAAUACAAUUGCAUGGCGCAGAAUCUCGCCUCCGAAGGUUAUGCAGUUGUCACGAUGGACCACACGUGGGAAGCCAUGGUCGUGGAAUGGCCGGACGGUUCGCACACCCGAGGUACCGUCUCGCCCAACGUUAAGGAAGAAGACGCCGAAAAGCACGCACAGUUGCUUGAUACUCGUGUCGGAGACGCUCGCUUCGUCCUCACACAGCUUGGAAACCUCGAUGUGAUCCAACAACUGGUUCCCAAUGCCAAAUGUCCAUUUGAUACGACGAAUGCAGCUAUUAUCGGACACUCGUUCGGUGGUGCAACGGCUGUCUGCGCACUAAUACAAGAUACGCGAUUCAAAGGUGCGAUGAACAUGGACGGUUCGCAAUACGGGAAGCUGGCAAAGACAGAGCGACUGGUGGUCCUCUUCGGCCGAGGAGAGCCAGACGCGCGCAAUCGCAGCAACAACGCUACUUGGGCUAACUUGUGCAAGCAUCUCGGACACCUGAAGGAGAUCAAUCUGAAAGGAAGCGCGCACAAUACCUUCAGCGACUUGCCACUGAUCUUCAAGCUCGGUGGAAUUGCGAACGAGGGCUUUGCAAAAGAAAUGGCGGGGACGUUGGAUGGCGAGCGUUCGUUCGGAACAGUCAUGGCAUAUGUCAAGGAGUUCGCGGAUCUGGUGUUGAAGGGCAGGAAUGGGCUGCUGUACGAGGGACCCAGCGAACUGCACCCUGAAGUCGAGCUUAUGUCGAAGGUGUAGUGGUCCAUGUGCAACCACUGGCCUGGCACUGUGGUGUAGUCGGCGCGACGC